UCAAAAAUUUGACGCAAAUUAGCGAAAAGAUGAAACGGAAGAAAAUAUUCUUUGACGUUUUCCUGUGCUCUUAAAUACUAGUAUGAACGUUGAUUUGUGUUUUUAGUGUUUAAAGAAGGUUAAGAAUGAGUUCAAUCAGUCAGUUUAUUUGCGGAGCGGUUGCUGGCGUUGCUGUUGUUAUCACUGUUACCAGACUACGAAAUUACUGGACAGAACCAGAACCAACAACAACACCUCAACCAAGCAUUGACUAUCGAAAUGAUGCCAUCGAUCAAGAAAGUCUAACUCAAGAAAGAGUCCUUCAUACCAUCCAGAGUGCUGCAACCCCAAUGAGGGCGACACCAGAUGAACCAAGUGAAGAAGACGAGGAGGAACCGAGACGCAAAGAGAAUGAUUGUCAAAGUAUUUUGAAUUUGUUGUAUAAUAUAGCUGAGGAUCAGGCCAGGAAAGAAGGUUUUAUUCACCGUGGUAUAACCUGUAAUACAUGUAAUUGUACACCAAUAACUGGAGUGCGUUACAAGUGCGCAAAUUGUGUAGAUUAUGAUAUUUGUGAAAGGUGCGAGACUCAGGACUGCCAUAACAGAACUCACGUAUUUUUGAAAAUCAUUAUCCCUAUCCCACCAUUGGCCAAUCCAAGGACACCUUGCACAAAUGCGCUGUAUCCAGGCAAGAAAAACCACCCAUGCCAAUUAACUUGGGAUGAAAUUGAAAAAAUAAAAAAUGAGACCCAUUUUGACCAAGUGGAAAUUGAGGCUCUUGUCCAGCAGUUUAAAACUCUUGCAACAGAAGAUCUUGGAAUUACAAAAGAUGUUUUUGAUCAAUGUCUUGGUCCACUUGGACAGCACAGAAAUUUGGUGAUGGAGCAGAUGUUUCGAUUCUAUGACCAAGAUGGAAAUAAUAUAAUUGAUUUAGAAGAAUUUAUCCAUGCUUUAUCCAUUUUAGUCAAAGGCACUCAAGAAGAAAAAAUCCCUUUUGCAUUUAAAGGUUAUGAUAUAGAAUCCAAAGGUUACAUUAACAAAGAGAAUUUGAGAAACAUGUUCAAGGCAUAUUUUAAUGUCAGUUUGGAGCUGGUGCGAGACGUUGUCAAGUCUUGUGAAGAGGAGAUGAUGGCAUCUUUUGAUGAUGCAGCUGAUAAACCUGUGUCAGCUGUAUUUAAUGCGCCAAUACCCAAUCAUGGAACCCCGUCUACUUCUGGUAAACCCUCACAGCAUUACAUGUACUCUAACCAAGGUACGUCUUCACAAAACGGUCCAGAUGGUAUGUGGCCUGUGAUGGAAGCAAUGUCUCAAGAUGCAAUUGAUGAAAUGGUAAAUAAUGUUUUCAAGCAUGCUGAUCUUGAUGGAAAUGAAGAGAUUUCAUUUGAAGAAUUUAGAGCUUGGGCAGCAAAUGACAAUACUUUGCUUUCUUGGUUUGAAGCAUUGGGAACAGUGUUUUAGAUUUCUUUUCUUACAGGGUCAAUCUAACACUAGAUACUUUAUUGUUUUACUGGGAACAUCAUUUUAGAUUUCAUGUUGGAAACAAAAUGGUUCAUGUGAGUUUUAGGGAUCAUUUCUAUGCAAGAUUAGAUAACACUUAUAACAUAUUAAUAAUUAU